UGUAUUUCAAUCGCACAUUGGAUUCAAUGCAAUCAUAAUUGCAUUGCGAAAGAGGAGUGCAAUCCUGUCGUCAACCCCUCUAUGCCUGCGAAUGGACUCAACUGUUGACAACUUGUGAAGCGAUUUGUAUUGUUUUGUCGUUUAUUUUUGGUCUCAUUUCCACUCAAAACUCAAUUCAAUUACCAUUUGAUUAGUUAUUUAUCAAUACAUUUAAUGUCACUCUAAUUGAUCCGUUAGUCUCUUUGUUUACAUUAACCAUUCAUACAAUAUAUUGAAAUGAGUAAUAUAUACAUUCAAGAACCGCCAACCAAUGGCAAGGUAUUAUUGAAGACAAGUGUCGGCGAUAUCGACAUCGAGUUGUGGUCGAGAGAGUGUCCGAAGGCGUGUCGAAACUUUGUCCAGUUAUGUCUCGAAGGCUAUUACGAUAACAACAUUUUCCACCGACUGGUCAAAGGGUUUAUCGUCCAAACGGGAGACCCGACGGGAACGGGAAUGGGAGGCGAAUCCAUAUACGGACAGCCAUUCAAAGACGAGUUGCAUUCGCGGCUGCGAUUCGUGCGAAGAGGUCUCGUGGCGAUGGCCAACGGCGGCACCAAAGACGACAACUCCAGCCAAUUCUUCUUCACGUUAGACACGUGUCCGGAGUUGCAGAACAAACACACGAUAUUCGGGAAAGUGUCGGGAAAUACCAUCUAUAAUAUGAUUAAACUCGAAGAGAGUCAAGUCGACCAAAACGAGCGCCCGUUAUAUCCGCACAAAAUAAUUUCGGCCGAAAUUCUGUUGAAUCCGUUUCCGGAUAUCAUUCCGAGGAUUAAAGAGAAGAAAACGGAGUCUAAACCCGAAGCGAAGUCCAAAUCGAAGGCUACGAAGAAUUUCAGUUUACUUUCGUUCGGCGAAGAGGCGGAAGAAGAGGAGGAAGAGGGCGCCAAAGCCUCCGAAGAGUUUCGCGGGAAGAGUAAAAGUAGUCACGAUUUGCUGAAAGACGACCCGAAGUUGAGUGCAGUGCCGGCCGUCGAGACCAACGAUUUGAUGACUUCUGACGAAGANGUUUGA